AUGGCCGCCGCCAUCUCCUCCUCUUCCGCCGCCGCUCACCGCCUCUUCUGCUCUCCUCCACCGUCUGUCCGCCCCUCCGGGCCCUCCUCCCCCUUGUUCCUUUCUUUCCUCCUCAAAGCCUCCCUUAAACCCCGCUCUUCUCUCCGUCAUCGCUCCCUUCCUCCCCUCUCCGCUUCGUACGCCGAUGACGUCUUCGCCUUCGACGACAAACCCCGCGAGGAGUGCGGGGUCUUCGGCAUCAUCGGCGAUCCGGAUGCCGCCCGGAUAUGCUACCUGGGUCUGCACGCCCUCCAGCACCGCGGACAGGAGGGCGCUGGCAUCGUCUCCUCCGACGGCACCGCUCUUCACUCCCGCACCGGCCUCGGCCUUGUCUCUAAGGUUUUCUCCCGGUCUUCUGAGCUGGAGCCCCUGGUCGGCUCCGCCGCCAUCGGUCACAACCGCUACUCCACGGCCGGUGCCGCCUCUGCCCUCGCCAACGUCCAGCCCUUCGUCGCCGGCUACCGCUUCGGCCAGCUUGCGGUCGCCCACAACGGGAACCUCGUCAACUACGACUCUCUCCGUUGCGAGCUCGAGUCCAAGGGUUCCGUCUUCAACACCUCCUCCGACACUGAGGUUAUUCUCCAUCUUAUCGCCACCUCCUCCUCCGGCCCCCUCCUCGCCCGCAUCGUCGAGGCCCUCGAAGAACUCGAGGGCGCCUACUCCCUCGUCUUCCUUACCGCCGACAAGCUCUUCGCCGCCCGAGACCCCCAUGGUUUCCGCCCUCUCGUCAUGGGCCGCCGCUCCAACGGCGCCGUCGCCUUCGCAUCAGAAACCUGCGCGCUCGGCCUCGUCGGUGCCGAGUACGUGCGAGAGGUGAACCCCGGGGAGGUGAUUGUCGUCGACAGCCAUGACAUGUCCAUCAACACCUCUUGCCUCUUGUCCAAGAAACCCCGCAAAUGUUGCGUCUUUGAGCACGUCUACUUCGCCCUCCCCAACUCUGUCGUCUUUGGCCACCCGGUGCACGCUGCCCGCUACAACUUUGGCGCAGCCCUUGCCCGCGAGUCCCCUGCCCCUGGGGCUGAUAUUGUGAUUCCGGUCCCUGAUUCGGGAUUCUUUGCUGCACUCGGCUUCGCCGAGGCCUCCGGCCUUCCCUUCCGGCAGGGUCUCAUUCGCUCCCACUAUGUAGGCCGCUCCUUCAUCGAGCCGAAUCAGGAGGAGCGCAACCUUGCCGUCAAGCUCAAGCUCGCGCCAAUCGAUGGCAUCCUCGAAGGAAAGAGUGUCGUUGUAAUUGACGAUUCAAUUGUAAGGGGAACCACCUCGUCCAAGAUAGUUCAGCUCAUCAAGAACACCGGAAAAGCUCGUGAGGUCCAUAUGAGGAUUGCCAGCCCGCCGAUCGUUGGCUCCUGCUAUUAUGGUGUUGACACACCAAGAGCCGAGGAGCUCAUUUCUAAUCGCCUAGAUGUGGAGGGGGUGAGACAGGCACUUGGGAGUGAUUCACUUGCCUUUCUCUCGCUUGAGAGUCUAAAGGCAGCAUUUGGGGAUGAGGCCUGCAAGUUCUGCGAUGCAUGCUUCACUCGCAAAUAUCCAGUGCCACCUAGGGAGCAUGAGAUCUUCAACAUGGUCGACAAGUGA